UAGAACAUAUUUUUGUUCCUGUGUCAACGUAUAGAAAAAGAAAAAAAGCAUCUUAAUGACCUCCGAGAACAGACAGUCUUAAUCUAAAUUAUUUAUUAAUUUAAAAAAAAUUAAACAGAGGUUCUUUAUAUCUGAAACAAGCCAUAUAUUCGUCGUCAUUCUCGAAGAUGAACUCUAAUGUAGAGAAUUUGCCCCCUCACGUUCUGCGCCUGGUCUACAAAGAAGUUUCAGCUUUGGCUGCAGACCCACCUGAGGGCAUCAAGAUCUACCCUAGUGAGGAAGACAUAACUGAACUUCACACGUCUAUCGAAGGACCAGAGGGAACACCAUUUGCCGGCGGCAUUUUCCGAAUGCGACUGGUCCUCGGGAAGGACUUCCCUGCUGUUCCACCCAAGGGGUAUUUCCUGACCAAGAUUUUUCACCCAAACGUGGGUCACAAGGGGGAGAUCUGUGUCAAUGUGCUGAAGAGGGACUGGAAGGCAGAACUUGGCCUCAGACAUGUCUUACUUACCAUCAAGUGUCUCCUCAUCCAUCCAAACCCUGAAUCAGCUCUAAAUGAGGAGGCCGGGCGCUUGCUUUUAGAGGAUUAUGCUGAGUACGAGUCUCGCGCCCGUCUGCUUACAGAAAUUCACGCUAUGGGUGGGCUGGGCGGGACCUCCGGUGCACCUCAGGACCCUAACGACGGCCCACAGCCAAAGAAGCACGCAGGUGACCCUACGAAAAGAGCGGGGCCCAGUGUGGCAGCUGUACCAGCAGCUCUGGGUAACGGAGCUAAUGGCGCCAGUACCACCAGCAGCAACAGUAGUAGUAACAUCAAUAAUGUAGCAGGGAAAAAGAAAGCAGAUAAAAAGCGUGCGCUGAGACGACUUUAAUACCUCAACAACAUUUGUGUGUAUGAGCGUGAGUGAGUGUAAAUAAAAGUAUUGAAUUGUGUUGACAGAAUUGUUAGUUCUUUUGCUCUGGCUCUUUCUAGACUGUCCCUGAUGUACCUCUGUUUUGCCUCCAGUUUGCUUGAUCCUAAUCGCACUACAGGUUUGUUAAUUGUUUCCAUACCGAAGACACUAUGAAAAGCAUCUAAACAGAUUUUUUGCAGCAGAAUCAUGCCGAUCAUCUAUGUUCUUCCUUUGAGCCAGUCUGAAUGAACAUCACUUAAAUAUGGAAUUUUUAUGUCUAUUAAUGAUACACGGUUCGUAUUGUUUUGGACUUUAAUCAGGUAUUUUUCAAGUGUUUCUUGCUGCUGUGGUGGUACUGUGUACUGCACUGCAUGCCUUGCUCUUGAGUCUGAACUAGGAGAGACUUUUCAAACUGCUCAAAGGACUUUUAUGAAAAAUUUGCUAAAACUGUUGCGAUGAAGUAACUUUUGUAAGUUGUAAUUUUCAUAUCAUGGUCCAAAUGUGGUGAAGGCAUGGAAGAAUUAACAUUGGAUUAUAGGAAGUCUGUUGUUUCUUUAGUUUUUGAAUAAAAUAUUUUCACUGUC